AUGGAACAGAAAGAUUGGAAGAUAGUAUUGGACUGGAUUAAAAAGGAUCUCGUAAGGAUAACAAGUUCUGAUUCUGAGUUCGAUGCGAGCCGUAGAGAAAAAGCGAAAGAAAUUAUAAAUAAAUGGAAGCGCCUUUAUAAGAAAGGACAGCACUCGCAG